AAAAGAUAUAUAAACUCAUCUAGAUUCUCUCUACCGGAAAACAACAUGAAGUCAUCAUCAUCAUGGACGUUUCUUACCACCACAAGGUUAGACCAGAGAAAGCCAUCUCCUGUUUCAAAAAGACCACCAAAGCAAAUGAAGAAGACUGCUUCAACGAACAAACCCAUCAAAGUGCGAUAUAUAUCGAACCCCAUGAGAGUCAAAACUUGUGCGUCCAAGUUUAGAGAGCUCGUACAAGAACUCACCGGCCAAGACGCCGUCGAUCUUGAGCUGGAGCCUGAGUUUUCCCCUUCCGUUGCCUCUGACCACAGCCUUUCCCCGCCGUCGGAGGAGAAUCUUGCGCCACGUGUUCUUGAUCAGGAGCCGUUCGAUGAUCUCGUGGCUGGUUACUAUGAGCCGUUGGAUGGGGAAGACAUGUUUUUGCCUCAGAUGUCGGGAGGUUUAUCAGGAUAUUUCUCGAAUGAGUUUUACAAUAUGAAUGGCUUUGGAAGAAUCGAUUCUAUGUGACUGUAUUUGGAGUAUUUAGGGGUUUCAAAGUACAUAUCUAUCAGUUAAUUAUGGAAUGUCGAUGCAUAUAUUUAAAUCAAUACAUGUAUAUUACUUACCCAGGUUUGUGAAGAGAAUUAUAAGGGUAAGUAAGUCAUUUGCACAAAAUUUUAUAUGAACCUCGUGGUUUAUUGUUUUGUUAGAUUAUUUUGAUAUGUUCGGUUUUGACAUUUUUUUUUCAUUUGAAUGCCUGAAAGUUAUAAAUAAAAAAAAUGUCACUAGCCAACAGAAAAUGAUAUUAAUAUAUUUUAUAAAUAU